AUGCCUCUGGCCUGGGCCCUGCUGCUGUGGUUGGGCCUGAGCGCCCGCGGCGGCUGGAGCUGUUUGCAAUGCGUCCCGUCGGUGCAGGAGGCCCUGAGCCACCUCCGCUUCAUGCUGGUUCCCGGGCGCUUCCACGAGGAGCGGCUGCAGGCCCGCGCUCAGUCCCUGAUACUGGGCAUGGAGGGACCGUUCUUCCGGGACUACGCGCUGAACGCGUUCGUGGGGAAAGUGGGGACAGCCAGACUGGACGCCGUGGCCUCCUUUGUCAAGAAUCAAACCAAGACCUUCUCUGAUGAUUCUCUGAGAGAUGAGCCGUUGCUGGAACAGCUGGUGAAUUUUAGACGGGAUGUGCUCCGUGAACUCAAGAAAGUUUUGAAAGAAUAUGAAUUGAAAGCCUGCCAUCCCAAAAUUUGCCACUUGUUACAGGAAGAGGUCCUGGACUGUUUCCUCUGCCAGAAGAUCGUUCCCCAAUGUAUCAAGUACGACUAUUGCUUCAUCAACCGGCAGCCUCGCAUGGCCCUGCAGUACAGCCCGCGGAGCCGUUACCCCUGGGACCAGGCUGCGUUAGGCAUCACGGUCUCCAUGUUCCUGGCGCUCCUCCUUUUCGUGGUCAUUUUAAUCUCGGUUUAUGUGUACAGGCAAAACCGGCGACUCCUGCUGCAGUAG